AUGCCUCGGCCAACGCAAGACCAAGAGGUUCACCUCCUGGCACAUCACCACGACGACGACCACGACGGCGACAACGACCACCGCCAUCGCUACGAGCACGACCCACGGUCCCGCCCUCCCUACGAUUCCUCCGCAGCCCACAUUCCGCAGACCGACGACAACACCACAUGCACCCCGCGGCAGCAGUCAGACGCCCGCGCCAACUCAAACACUGCUGGCGGCCGUGGCCACAGGACCAGCGGUCCGACCGCCGCUUCAGGUCCUGACAAGGAGAGCGGCCAAGACGGCGACGACGACGACGACGAUCCGACACCGCGGCGGCCGCCCGGCGAGGGCAUUGAGCUCGACGACAUGGACUCCGGCGACGGAUCCCCCGGCCGUCCGGGCCUACGCCGCAACGGCCGUUCCGGCCAACCGCUCCUCUACACCAAACCCGAGAGCGACGACCACCACAACGGCGACGCCCACUAUGGCCGCCGUUCCAGUGACGAGCGCGCCACGAGCCUCGAGAGCGGCUAUGCCUACGAUGACACCAUCCACCGCCCGUCGCUUAGCCGCCGGUCUACCAUGCACAGCCAUAACCCGCGCGACGUGACCGCGGCCGAGAAGGCGACGCGCAAAAAGUACACGUACGCUGCCUUCUUCCUCGCCAUCAGCCUCGUCUCCUUCUGCGUCCAGACGGAGCUGAGCGCCUACAUCCAGCACGACCUCGGCUGGGACAAGGCUUACUGCAUGAUGUACUUCACCCACGGCUCCUGGAUCGUCCUGUAUCCGGUGAUGCUCGGCACGCUGCGCGUCCAGAAGCUCGGCGAGCCCUGGGAGGUGUUCUGGCGCCGCCACGUCCAGAUGCUCAAGACGACCAUCGCCAUGAUCGAGCUGCAGACGCUCGACGUCUUUGCUCCGUCGGCGCAGCGCAGGUCGCGGCCGUUCCUGUACCUGGCCCGCACGACGGCCUUCAUCACCUCGGCGCUGACGGUCGCGGGCCUGAGCUGGUACGUGGCUGUCAGCCUGACGACGCCGUCGGACCUGACGGCCAUUUACAACUGCUCUGCAUUCUUCGCCUACGUCUUCUCCGUGCCGAUCCUGCGGGAGCCGCUGCGCCUGGACAAGUCCAUUGCCGUCUCCAUUGCCAUUGUCGGCGUCCUGGUGGUGGCGUACGGUGACACGGGCGGUGGUGAAACCGGCGAGUCCGCUGGCCCGCCAGGGAACACGACGCCCGGCGCGGGGAGCCGCUUCCUGGGAAACCUCGUCAUCGGCGUCGGCUCCGUGCUGUACGGGCUGUACGAGGUCCUGUACAAGCGCUACGCGUGCCCGCCCGAGGGCGUGUCGCCCGGCCGCGGCACCAUCUUCGCCAACACGUUUGGCGCGUGCAUUGGCCUCUUCACGCUCACCGUCCUGUGGAUCCCGCUGCCGAUUCUACACUUGCUCAACAUUGAGAGGUUCGAGCUGCCUGAGGCGUCGACCUGCUGGCUCAUUCUCGUCGCCGUCCUCGCCAACGCCACAUUUAGCGGCUCGUUCCUCGUCCUCAUCUCGCUCACGUCGCCCGUCCUGUCCUCCGUCGCCGCGCUGCUGACCAUCUUCAUCGUCGCCAUCGCCGACUGGUUCCUUACGGGCCAGCCGCUCAGCUGGGCGGCCAUCAUUGGCGGAAGCAUGAUCAUCGUGGCGUUUGUGGGGCUCAGCUGGAGCACGUACAGGGAGAUGACGGAGCACGAGGCGCAGAAGCUGGCCGUGGAUCUGACCGACAGCGACGAGGAUGCGAGCCUGGCGCCCAGUGACCGCUGA